UGCCUCUUGGGAGUAUCUUCGAGGGCGAGAGCGAGCCGAGAAUCGGAGGAGACGGAGAAAUCGUGCUCACUACGCAGCAAUGUGCUCGACAUUGACCGACCGGUGGAAGUGGUGACGGAGGAGGACGAUGAUGGGGGCGGUUCCGGAGUGUAGGGAUCGGUAGAUGCCCUAGAGGAGUGGAGGAAGGAGGAGGGAAGAGAUGAAGGCUCCAAUGGCGUCGGUGAAGAGGAGGUGGAGGGGCCCCUCCGUGGCGGUGCUCGCCCUCGUCUUCUGCUCGCUCCUCGUCCCCCUCGCCUUCCUCUUCGGCCGCUUCCCUUCCGGUUACGGAACUGACGAGCGGCCACAGCAGGAAGUUGGGUUUCACUCUUUCGGUCAGGCGGAAAGGGUCAAAAAAUCGCCAGUGGAUCAGCAGCCUAAUGUUGAAAAGAUCAUGGAGAAAUUUAGACCGACUUUGCCAAAGGGUGUUAUGGAGAAGGAUGUGGUCCAAGCUAGGGGGCACUUGCUUGAGAAACCUGCCAUCGACUCUUCCCACAAUGAUGCAAUAUCAAACUCUCAACCAAAAGUUCCUCUGCCACCACAAAUUGCUACACCAAAACCACUAGAACCUCCAGAUAGAAGCGUAAGACUUCCCUUUUGGUGUAUCAGCAACUACACAGAUGUUAAUAUUUGGAAUGGCGGCAAUAUUCACAAGAAACAAGCCAAAGAUUUGAAGGGUGAUGAAGUUGAAAAAUCUUGUCAACUUGAAUUUGGGAGCUACUGCCUCUGGUCUGUAGAACACAAAGAAGUAAUGAAGGAUUCUACAGUGAAAAGACUCAAAGAUCAACUGUUUGUGGCUAGAGCAUACUACCCAAGCAUUGCAAAACUUCGUGGCCAAGAGAACUUGACCCGUGAGUUGAAACAGAGUAUUCAAGACCAUGAACGAGUGCUAAGUGUAGCAAUUGUUGAUGCCGAUCUUCCACCUCUUAUUGAGAAGAAGGUAAAGAACAUGGAGCAGACAAUUGCAAGAGCCAAAUCAUGCUCGGUUGAUUGCAAUAAUAUUGACAAGAAACUCCGGCAGAUACUUUAUCUGACUGAGGACGAAACUCAUUUUCAUAUGAAGCAGAGUGCGUUUCUCUACCGGCUCGGUGUUCAGACAAUGCCCAAAAGUUUACACUGCUUGUCUAUGAGGUUGACAGUUGAAUAUUUCAGAUCUCCACCAGCUGAUUCAGAGCACUUGCAUGCUCACAAGUUUGACACCCCAAAAUAUAGGCACUAUAUUAUAUUCUCUAGGAAUAUCCUUGCGGCUUCUGUUGCUAUUAAUUCAACUGUAAUGAGUUCUGAGGUGACAGGGAAUAUGGUUUUUCAUCUGCUAACAGAUGCACAAAAUUACUAUGCCAUGAAACUCUGGUGUUCUAGGCAUUCUUACAAGGAAGCAGUUCUUCGUGUCAUAAACUUUGAAAGCCUUGUUUUGAAAAAAUUACAUAAUGUUGCUCCACAGAAGCUAUUUUUGUCUGAAGAGUUCCGGGUUUCUAUUCAUAACAUGGACCAACCUACUGCUAAGAUGAGAACAGAAUAUUUAUCUGUUUUCAGUCACUCACACUUUUUCCUUCCAGAAAUAUUCAAGAACUUGCAAAAAGUUGUCAUAUUGGACGAUGAUGUGGUCGUUCAGCGUGACUUGUCUCCGUUAUGGAACCUAGAUUUGGGAAACAAGGUGAAUGGUGCUGCCAAAUUUUGUGGGGUUAGAUUACGUCAGCUGAGAAGAUACUUGGGAAAAAACAUCUAUGAUGCUGAUUCUUGCGCCUGGAUGUCCGGACUUAAUAUAAUUGAUUUGGAGAACUGGAGGAAAAACAAUAUUACUGAGAAGUAUCUGCUACUUCUCGAACAGUUUCAGGGUAAUAGUGAGGCGUCCCUUCAAGCUUCUGCCUUUCCGAUAAGCUUACUAGCAUUCCAAAAUCUAAUCUAUCCCUUAGAUAAUAAGUGGACACUAUCCGGGUUUGGUUAUGAUUAUGGACUCGAAGCAGAUGACGCAAGGAAUGCCGUUUCAUUACAUUACAAUGGCAACAUGAAACCUUGGCUUGAUUUAGGUAUACCAGAGUACAAGAAGUAUUGGAAGAAAUUUCUCACACGAGGAGAGCGAUUUAUGGAUGAGUGCAAUGCACACCCAUAAAAAAUCUCGAGAUGAUUAAUUGGGAUUUUGAAGGUUAUCAGAGAAACUAAAUGAUGGUUACAUCUUACUCUCUUGACUCAAUUUUGCCUAUGCUGCAUCAAAUGCUUGUAGCUUCCCAAAGACAUGCUAUAUCAUAUUUGUGGUGAAAAGUGAAUGGUGUGGCAGCGAAGAAAAUGGUCCUUUAUGGCCAUUCAUUUUGAAAAGAGCAGAAGAUCCAUAAUAACUUGUUUAUUGGACUUCUAGCGUUCUGAAAUGAUUUUUCAGCAGUUAGAUGUUGGAGAGUA